GAAAUGAUAAUGGAUGAGGAAGGAAAGGAAGCAAUACCAGAUGAUAAAAAAAGAAAAAAUGCUCAAGAAUUAAUGAAAAAAGAGAAUUGCCAUGAUUUAGAAUGCACAAUAGAGAUAAUAGAGGAAACAGAGGACAUGAUAAUUGAUGAGGAAGGGAAGGAACCAACAGCAAAAGAUAAAAAGCAAGGAAACAGAGGAAGACAGACACAAGCUAAGACUGACAAGUAUAUUCAUAAGUUUACUAAGGGACCCAAGCAUCUCAGCUCUUCCCAGCUCACCAGCCCACCUCAACCCAGACACGAGGGGACAUUACAUCCAGGGAGGAACACACACCAGGGGAAGAGAAGGUGGUGAAAACUGCCACACUUCACAGGGCAGGAGAGUCAAUGAGAUGAGGACUCAGGCUGGACCAAAUAACCCUCCUUGUGGCAGAACAGACAGCACAAACAAUACUACCAUAAAGAACACUAAGGAUGCAGCAGAAAACAAUCCUUACAGCAGAACAGACAGCACAAACACUACUACCAUAAAGUACACUAAGGAUGCAGCACAAUACAAUCCUUACAGCAAAACAGCAAAAACAGGGAAAAAAUUAAUCCCAGACAACAAGAAGACAAAGAACACCCAACUUGAACUGGAAGACCCUCCAGACACCACAGGGAGGACCUCACCAGCCAGGAGGACCCAGAAACACACUACAAUGCAAGACAAAACAGACACAGACAGCACAGACAGCACAGACAAGUCCAUUCUCUCCUUUACCAGCUCCAUCCCCUCUGCAAGGCUGGUGGAGGGGCCACAGGGGACGGAGGUGGAGGCGUGGACCGUACCAGUGGAGGAGGGACAUGGCGUGCUGCUCACUACCGCCCUCGCCACCACUGCUACCUCCUGCGUUCUCCUGGUGGUGCAGGAGUGUGGGCUGGGACUGUGGCGGCCGUCUGCUGGGGGGUGGACGCUGGUCGGGGAGACUCAACACAGCAUAAGGAACAUUGGUGAUAUAAGGGACAUUCGAGUGGAGGGGCUGCCGUCAGGGGAGGAGGGGCGUUUCCUGAUGGUGGCACAGAGGGAGGGGGAGGAGCAGGUGGAGGUUAUGUACAUCCAGGUCAGCUUGUGUGGGAAGGACUGGCAGCUCUCCUCGGCCUCCCUUAAGUCUCCUGUUAGUGUAUCCUCCGGCCUUGCCCUGUGUGUUGUGGGAGAGUGGAGUGUGGUGAUCAGCUGGGCACCACAGGAUACCUCAGACAACCCCCACCUCAUCCUCCUGGACCUCGAUUUGACAUACUCUCGGAGGGCCAAGAAGUGGGAGCUGGUGUGUCGGCCCUCCACCUGCUCCCUGCCUGCUGGUGGUGGUGGUGGUGGUGGUGGGAUCACAGCCUUGCUUUCUGAGUGUGGUGAGUUUGGAACCUCAGGGGUGGUGGUGUGUUGGUCAGCAGAGGCCUUGACCCUGUUUGACCCCUGGCAGGAUGCUGUAAUUGGCUGCCUCCCCUCACCAGUCACCAGGGUGCUGUGGGCCUUGGCGGUGCAGGAGCUGCUGUUUGUGGUGGGGCCAAGACCAGGGGAGCCAGACCUCUCCCUGACUGCCAUCAACCCCAUGACGGGCAGCUGUGACCCCUUCCUGACCUUCUCACUCAGCAAAGGCACCACAGGUGUCCCUCCAGCAGCUCUGGUGGAAGGAGGCAGCCUGUGGAGGUUAACUGGUGUGUGCCUGCAGCUAGACAGACUCACUCUCUCCUUCUCUGGGGGACAUGGAGUGUGUGUCUACUUCAGGGGACGUGCUGAGCCUAGGGACCACCCGUGCCUGUCCCCGCCUGCCCUGCCCUGCACCUGCCCUGUGCCCGUCACCUCUACCACCAAGAGGACACCCCAGCGCCACUCACAGCCUGGUGCCCUCCCCAGAUCAGUGGCCUGGUCCAAGAACAUGGAGACUUACAAUGGGCCUUGCCUGCCUUGCUAUCCUGAUCUACUCAUAGUUUCCUGACAAGACCAGGUACCUCACACACUCUGACAGACUCCCUCAAGAGCAGGAGACUUAACAAUACAGUGACCUUGUUUGACCCAGGCAGCUUGGACCCUUUCCCGUCCCCACUCCAAGACAAGACCACUCCAAUCAGUGCCACCCUGGACCAGUGCCACACAGAAACCCUCUCUCCAAAACCCAUUCUUAUCACAGUCCCCC